CCAUUCAGCUGGAAACAUGUUUGCUCUGCUUUGAUUUUAAGGUGAUGCGCUCCUGAGUUGCCACAGACACUACAAAGCCCGUCCUACGCACGGGAUUGGGAGGUUUAAAUACCUGCUCCCGAAGGAGGCUCCAAAGAAGAAGAAGGAUAAAGUCCAGAUGAAAGAGAUAAAUCCUGGGACCGAAUACGAGUAUGGAGAUAUCAACAUCCAGAUGACUUCCUAUGAUAUGUGUCUCGUGGAGCAUUUUGCUCAGUACGUGCACAGACUCUGCAACCGACUCUCUGUUAAAGUGAACGAAAGCUACGCGAUGCCCACCAAAACCAACGAAGUGCUGUUCUUGGAAGAGCGAGGAUCCAAAAUGCAGCUGGAUGCGGUCCUUACCACCCAUCAGAGGGUUGUCCAGAUCAGCGGUUUGAGCGCAACGUUUGCUCCGAUACUCUUGGAAAUAAUUCAGAGUAAUCAGCCUGAAGGGGUCCACCUGUUAGUGAAAGAGCACACAGAAGCUGACUUCAAGAGCCGAUCCACCUCCCUGGAGCUCCUGGUUGAUGACGGUGGCGCAGACGGAGAAGGAAGAUUUUGGCCAGGAUAA